CUUUAUUAGUCCAGAUCGCUUGGAUCUUAUCUCGCAUAUGACACUCGGCGCAAGAAGGAAGAGAGAGGGGGGAUUAUCCGCGAACCGCCUUCCGAUCCGCUGAUUCCUGACAAGGGAGAACCUCGCUUAUCUGUCCCUCUUUUUAUCCCCAUCUUCCAACAGGCUCACGGACGAGUAGCCCUGGCUGCACUUUCACCGCUAUCAGCCCAUCUCCUCUAUUGUCUCUCCAUCGCUGGGAUCACACAGGGGGGCUGACUGAUCCACGCUUAUCAUCACCAUCACCACCACCGCCACUGUCAUCAUCAUCAUCAUCAUUAUUAUUAUUAUUAUUUCUUUUUCUCCAACUCGUCCGACCUAAUCAUCUUAAGACUUUUGAUGGGCUGUUUUUUUAUCAGCAGAAACAUUUCCACGCUUGACGUUUGACCCCGCGUGAUCCCCAUGUUGCAAGUUCGCGGCUGAGAAAAGUCAAAAACUACUUUUUUUUUCUUUUUUUUUUAAAGAAAAGAAAAUAUUUUUUUCUCCUUUCUUUGUUUUCUUUGAAUGUUCGUCUCAUUAACAUCUGAUGUUGUUGUUGUCUUUUUUGUGUUGGUUUUUUUGGCCGGUGGAAUAUGAGUUAAUUUGGAGUUGAAGCUCCGCUCAAGAGCGCCUUUUUAGUUCCCAACAAGAAAAAAACUAAACAAAACCUCCAACCCUUUGUCAAGAUUCUUAAGAAGGACUGCCAACACCGCAGAAUAAAAAUGAUGCUGAGCCCGGAUCAGGCUGAGGCGGACCUCUCCUGGACUCAGUCCGACCCGGAGACGAUGCUCAAUGGGUUGAAGUCGGCCGGUUGUGCCUCGGACGAGCCGGCGGAGAUGGAGGACAGAGCCAAAUGCAAAGCCGAGCAGCCCCUGAGCAGGGAGGAGAAGAGGAGAAGACGGAGGGCCACGGCCAAGUACCGCUCAGCCCACGCCACCAGGGAGAGGAUCCGGGUGGAGGCGUUCAACGUGGCCUUCGCGGAGCUGAGGAAAUUACUCCCCACAUUACCUCCGGACAAGAAACUCUCCAAGAUCGAGAUCCUCAGACUGGCUAUAUGCUACAUCUCCUAUCUCAAUCAUGUGCUGGAUGUCUAAAAGUGACCCACCCCACCCCCCACUCCACCCUCUACGCGCACACAUAUGUGAGAGAAACUGGUUGAGUUGUUGGGAGACUGGACUCGCUCGGCGUACUGGUUAUGGCAAGGUUAGCGGUCAGGGUGGAAUGAUGCAGGAGAUUUUUUUUUUUUUUUUUUUAGCUUUCAACACCACAAAGCACUACUUUGAAUAAAAGGAAGGUCAAUUUUUUUAAGUAAUCAGAUAAUUUUGCAGUGAAUUAAAAAAAAAAAACAAUCGAAACUUCUGCUGCAGGGGUACAAACUGUUGUUUUAAGGUGGACUUGCUUAAUUGGUUGAUGUAAAAAUGUCGAUAUCGGCUCCACAUAUAUAUCGGUCUAACACCUGUGACACAGUGUUGCCUUCAUCUCACCGAAACUUCUAUUUCAUUUAAUGAUAUGUAAUAAAAAAAAAUCCAUCCAAUUCAAGGCCCAAAAUCUGCCCAGCAUCAUCUCCAUCCAAACUAAAGCAUCACUUCCCCGGAUGCUGACACUCUGCCAUACCUUUAAUGGUGAGCUGAGCCCUUCAGUGUGAGUCCAGUGUUGAUUGAUGUAGUGGCAGCGGUGCAAAAAGUUACGGGAGCCUAAACUUUCAGUCCAGAUCACUCACUGCAAGCAGCAAGCGCCGAGUUGUUUCGAGCCGUUGGAUGCAAUAAUGACAAUUAUUUUUUCCGAUAUUCAGCAAAAGGGGAGGGGAGGGGGGUCUGGAAGAGCCCCCGCAGGCAUUCAUGCUUCCUUUGCAGUGAUGCAGUGGAGGAUAGAAAAAAUAAUAAUAAUUCGCGUGGGCUGCAACAAAUUCAAGAAGAUUCUGGUUAUUUUAAUUUGCUUCACAUUUAAUCUACAUCUAAAAAUGAUAUUAGCCUAAUCUAAUCUAAUAUCAUGAAUAGAUUUCUGAAUGCUCCCCUCACUGUGUCACUUUGAGGUUGAACAAAAUAAACACGGGGUAUUUUUCCCCCGAUCAGAACGAAAGGACGUAAACAUAGCUGCUUUAGAUCUAGCUUAGAUUUUCCAUAAAGGAAGAAAAAAAAACAUUUCAAUGCGUAAGUGCCACUUAUGACAUAUAAAAUUGUGACCUUAAUCAUGCUUUUUUUCCCCUAAAGUGUAUGGAAUUAUUUAUUUAAUUGUGUUAAUAUUUAAGGCUAAUUUAUUUAUGUUAAUAUCAUAAGCUGCCGUCUUUUUGUAUAAAUGUAUAAUGGUUUGUUGCUUCUAUAUUUUAGGCUGUGAAUUUGAACUUGGAAAGUGGUGGUGUUCUUCAGAAAUGGCACUUUCUGUUAAUCCAUUGUAUAAUUUAUUCGUUUAAUGUAUGUUCGAUGCUUUUUUCUGUUGUUGUUGUUGUUUUUUGUUUGUUAUUAUUUUUCAUGUCCGCUGUCUAUCGAUGGCAACGAUAAGCACUUCAAGAUGGGGUCUAGUGGCCCCAUGAAUUUGUUUCCCAUUUUUUGAGAGGUUUCUCUGUGAAUUAGAAUUGGGCUGCUAAAGAAAAAAAAUAAGUAAAAAAAACAAUUGCUUCAUCGACACUGAUUGUCAAACAAUUCAAACCACCAAGGGGAUACGAUUCAGAGCUGAACCUCUUUGUCUUAUUUAUUUAUUUAUUUAUUUAUUUAUUUAUUUGCUAUAACCAAAAAAAUA